UAACAACCAGCUUCAGGAUUAAUAAUAAAAGACCUCAUUGAAAAAAAAGACAUGAUGAAAAACGUUUUUUCUAUAUCAAAAUGUAGUCGAUUGUUCAUGUGUGGCUUAUUAGUGACCUCCUGUGGCCGUCAGAGGAAUUACACCAAAGGCUGUGGCUGCAGAUUCACAUGCGUUACAAAGAAAAAAUAAAUACUACCAAUACUUCCAAAUAAAUUAAAAAAGACAAAGAAAGCAAAGCUUAGUAAUAUUGAUACGGAUUACAAUUAAAUUUUUUAGAGUUGCUGUGUGUCUCACCUGUGUGUCUCACCUGUCUGUGUUGCAGAAUGGCUGGAUGCCGCAGUGGACUCCUAAAUGCUCACGAUACAGCUGUCUGUGAUUGUGAUUGUUUGGAAAGAAAUCAAAAAAUAUUUAUUGUUUGUAAAUAUUCUAAAUAUAACUGAAUCUGAUUAAAGUCUUAUUGAUGCUCUAUGGGGCUUUUUGUUUAACCCCAGUUAUUUAUUUGUGUAAGUUGUGUAUUUAUUUUGUAAAUGUAUGGAGGAGCUGCUGACCUUCUAUAUUUUUGUACUAUAUUGCACUUUAAAUACAUAAAUAUAUCAACCCUAGACAUGUUUGUGUUUGGCUGAAGUUCUCCUUCUGGUUUGUGAUUUCCUGACGCCAGACUGAGAGCAGACCCCCCACCCCCACCACACAUGCUUGUUCCUGACUCUGGCACUGACUGAACAGAUUAAACAUGUGACUUGAUCAUUCUGCACUCCGCUGUCUUGCUCUGCUUCAUCCUCCUUCAUCACAGAAGAAACUGCAGCAGACAUUCAGGUUCUGGAUCUCCUUCAGCUGAGUUCUGGUUCUGAUCAGUGGUUUGCAGAUGAAAGACUUUAUACUUGUUAUUGAUUUGGACACAGGGGAGAUGAAAGCAAAGUCAUAAACUGGAAUCCAGUCUGGUGGAUGCUGCAGUUCCCGCUGAUGUCCAACAGAUGUCAGUGUUGCUCAGCGUUAAACACGAACAGGAGAAAUUAGACUUUUGGUUCCCGUUUAACUAGUCGAUGCUGCGCGCUUUCCUGUUCUUCACUGACCUACAUUAUUCCGUGGAAACACUACAUAUGAAGGCAGGUCCGGGACAGGCCAUAGGUCAUUCUUAAAACGGGUCUGCACGUUUCUGCCACUGACCUCUGAUGAGCCAAUGGUUUGCGCUGUCAUGCUCUGCCAUGGCCUCCAGGGGGCGACAGAGCUCCGAACGUGCAGGAAAAGGAAACGCAGAGGUAGAGGAACCACGUGAGGGACUCUGGCAGCAUGGCUCCCCCAGGAGGGAAAAUAAACAGACCGAAGACGGAGCUCGCGAAGAAUCUAUUCAAGCGGCGGAGGGUUCAGACCCGCGAGAAGAGGAGGAAGCACCGGGUGGUGGGGGCCGUGGUGGACCGGGGGCUCAUCACGGUGCACCACCUGAAGAAGAGAAGGUCUGAGCUCCACCCGCUGCUCCACCUGAGCUCCACCUGAGCUCAUGUCCGCUCCUCCCCCCGCAGGUCCAGUUCUAGGGCCAACAUCACGCUGUCCGGGAAGAAGAGGAGGAAGCUGCUGAAGCAGCUGCAGCACCUGCAGCAGGAGAAGGCCGCCAUGGACGUGGAAGAAGCCCCCCCUCCCCCCAGGAAGCCAGACUCCUCCUCAUCCUCUGCAGGUCCGAAGAAGAGCAGCAGGAGGAGGAGGAGGAGGAGCGGGCCUGGAUCCCAGGGAGACGUGGAGAUGGCGGACGCAGAAUGACAACAUGAAGAGCGAGCCGGCGUCGGACAGGAAGUGGGACGUGUGUGAGGAGAGUACGGAAGCCUGCUUCUGCCAAAAGCAAGGAGGACAUUUGUGACCCGAGACCCGCCUCUGCUGAGAAAGUUCUGCUGGUUCUGGUAGAAUUUUAGGAGUUGAACUCUGAGACUUUUUUGUUGUUUUCUUUUAUCAGAUUUGGUUGAAUCUAUGAGAACAGCUUAACGGCCUCAAGUCUGAUGAUGCAGAAAGUUCUGUUCUGGUACUGAAAGUUCUGUUCGGGUCCUGAAACUUAUCAGAGAAGAAGAGCGGUUCCAGGGGUUCUUCAAACUGUCUGUCCGUUUUCUACGGUUCUGAACAAUAAAUCUGUUCUGAUGGUUCAUCAAGUGGUGGAUUUGGUUUCCAUGGAGACGUUUGCAUGAAGAUGUUCCUCCUGUUCCUGAUGAUGUCAGAAAAGACCUGCUGAGGUUCUCCAGAGGGAUUUGCUGUUGGUUUUACUUCUGCGUUGGUCAGUCCAAGGCUGGUUCUGUUGGACCGGGUCGUGUUGUCAAAUAUUGAACGCGGGACAUAAAUCAUACCUGAACCUUGGUCACGUGUCGCCAGUGACCGGCUACGAUUCCAUAAAAAGUCUUAUUUUCCGGCUCCUUACGUUUGUUUUUGAAUGUUUUUUAUUUUGAUUUUAAAUCGCGUUCUGUUUGGCGCAGUGGGGCUUCCGUACUGCCUCAAGGAACGUCUCAUCUUCGAUUAUUGAUGAGCACGUGCAAGCGCGUGCGUUCUACGGCUCCAGAAAGCGCUUAUGUAAAGGUGGAGGCGGCGCGCGUGCGCUCUUCCUCCGUCUCUCCUCGCGCGCGCUCGUCCAUCCCCCGCCCCCCCUCAGAGGACAAAGACGAAAAUGGGUCAGGCGGGGAGACGCGGCAGAUUCUGCGGCAGCGAGUAGAACUGCUGUUGGACGGGUUGCUGGUUCCGACUGCAGAAACAUCGCGACUGUUCGGGUCCGGACGGAACCGUGUCGGAGGUCCUCUGCGCCCGAGUGAGCAUCUUUUUGGGAACCGAACCUGUUGAGGGAAAAGCGCAGUCCAGCGCGCGGUGGACAAUGGGAGCUCCGAACUGAACCGAACCGAGCGUGCAGGUUCAGCCUUCCUUUUGAAGGCUUCGCAUGAGAACCGGAUCGCAUCUGAUCUUCAGCUCUGCCCCCCCUUGCCUGGCUCUGCAGCCAUGGACCCCCUCCCCACCCGCAGACCCACACCAGGGCUUCAACGGUUGGCCUGCGUCCUCCUCGUAAUGUUGACCUCACUUCCUGCUUCAGCUCUGGAAUCGGAGACGUGCUUCUCCCGGCAGCACCGGGGCGCCACGAUGGCCCUGCAGCCGGCGCUGAACCGGACGGCGGUGGCGGCAAUGGACGCCCGGCUGGUGCACUCGGAGAGGGACUGCGUGCUGGCCUGCUGCUCGGAGGAGGUCCGUCCAGGCGCGCGGUGCAACAUGGUGCUGUUCAACGGAAAGAAAGCCGCCGGCGAGGAGAACUGCUUCCUGUUCCACUGCGACGGCGAGCAGGAUUGCCCACUCAUGAAGGCUCAGGACGGCAUCAACACCUACAACAUCUACAAAGGUUUGAUUCAUCCUCCAACUCCGAGACCUGUUACCAUGACGACCGUAGCAACCAACACAUUUCCUCUGACCACGACACUUCUACUGACCACAAAAGCUACACCCACAAAAAAACCCACAACUGUGACACCAACCUCCACCACACAGGCUCCCGUCACCACCACCGCACCUCCACCUGUCAUCAUCGCCACAACGUCCACAGUGACUGCACCGCCCGCAACAACCACGAAAACAACAACCACGGCAGCGUCUCUGGCCCCCACUCUCACCUCAAAACGACCAAACAAAACCAGCAGAAAGCAAAACAAAAGCACCAAGAAAGGAAAGUCCCACAGUGUCUCCGCUCAGCCACAGCCGAGCUUCACCACAACACUUCCUGUCCCAACUGAGGUUACAUUGGCGGCUCAGAGAACCAUUGACACCCCGAAGCUGCAAGCUGGAACUACAACCCCCGAAUCUACUGCCACUCCAUCUACAAGCAUUCCAGCUAAAACAGCUGCAGCUACAACCACUUCAACCACAAACCCUCCACCUACAACAACCACCACCCCUACCUCCACUACCACAGCGAGUCUCAGCACCAUGGGGUCGUCAACCACGAGGGCGACUCCAGCGGCAGGUCUCAUCAUUGUUCCAAAGGAGGCCGUACAGGCUAACCACGUCCUCCAGAACUCUAGCCCCGCCCACGGGAAAACAGCGGUAGUACAUGGAGCACUGAAGAGUGGCAUGGUGGCGUUCAUGGUUGUGGCGCUUGCUGUGGUCACGCUGGCUCUGGCGGUUGGAGGUCGUAAGGCGAUGGAGUCUUUUGACAGACGACACUACACCAGACUGGAGCUUAACGACCUGCACUACGAGGUCUGAGGAGUGUCCCGGGCCCGGGCUCUCAGAACCGGGUCCUUUGCUUGCUGUUUCAGAGGUCUUCUGAUUGGUCUGUUCUAAUGGCCUGCUCAGGCUCCGCCCACCUUUCAACAUAAGCUUGAAGCUCUUGUUCCAUUUUCCAGAAUCCAUCUGCAGUCUGGAGGCGCGGCUCAGAGCAUGGUGUGAUGUCAUUUCCUGCUCUGAGAGGAUGGCACAGAAAUGUUAAGAUGGUUAAGGGGCGGAGCUCUUACUCACUUCAGUCGUCCACUUAUGACUUAGAACAGGAAGUUCAAAUAGAAAUGCACGCUGACCUACUGAGUCAUGCUGAUAAAUGCUGAGUCACCUUUCAGCAUAGUCCAGCUUGACCUACGAACGCUGUGCUUCUCCACCCGUAUUCGUCACACGUAGUUCACAUAUUCAUGGGGAUUCACUUUACCGUUGGGUGGGGGCAGCAGGCGUGUUCUGAGCAUGCUCAGUUUGAAGAAUGGAGUUUGCUUCUGGGCUAAAACGUCGGGAUGUGAACACGUGACGUUCAGAUGUACACGGCUCUGGAGCUUCGGGGGGGGGGGGGUCGCCUUCACCGCAUCAGAGCUCCUUGCCACUCCUCCAGACUGAGCGUGCUCAGAAGGGUCCCCGCCCCCUAAAUCCACUCAGAUGAGACCUGAAUCAAAGUUUCAAUAAGAGCGCAUUUAUUUUUCGUUGGGAAAAACAGUUUUCCAUAACGAGCCAGUCAGCUGAGAUCUUUAUUAAUAAAACAAAUUCUUACAUUUAUUUAGAAAAACUGCUUUCAUGGUGGAUCUGAAGAACCGACGUCGGCUCUUGUAGGUAAAGAUGGACUCAAUGGUAGGAAGGUUUUAAGGAGCGGCAGCGGCGGGAUGGACUCGCCGCAGGACGCUGCUGAGGAAAGCAGGUGGGCUGCUUCCUGACCUCUGACCUAUCCACAUGGCGGCCGACUUCAGACGUGAAGUUUCAAUUUCCCGUCUUUACGCUUAGAGAAUUUUGACCACGGAGCAUGUUUCACUUUUGAUGAACAUUUCUAAUAAUUUCACACUAAAAGUAAAGCGUAGAUGUUUUUAUGAAACAAAACAAACUUUUAUUAAAGAGUCGUUUGUGCUUUGAAAGGGUUUGAUGACAUUAGCUGAGAAACUCCUCAGAACUGAGGAGGAGUUUUGAUCCUGUGACCUUCCUGUCUCCACACUGAGCUGAAGGUCAUCCGCCGCGCUCCUCUGUGGACCAUCGCUCACUUUGACUCCGCCUCCCCGUCUUCACCACUGGCAGCUCUGAGACCAGGAGAACCUGUGUGUGUGUGUGUGUGGGGGGGGGGGGGGGAUCUGGAAGGCCCCUCGUUCUUCGUCGGCUGAUGAAGAACAAAGCUACAGCAAUACUGUGACUGAAACUCAGGAAGGAGCUGACCUGCGUGGUUCUGCUGCCACACUGUGACGCACAGAGGCAGGACUUUCGGAGGCCUCCAGCAGGGGGCAGCAGCGGUCACGUGCUUUCACUGUACUCUGAUUACUGGAUGGUGUUUUUUGAUAUUGUUUUGUGAAGUAAAGCGUUUGCAUACGUUUGGAA